AUGUCACUGAAGCCGAGGAACGUGGACUUUACUGAGACAUGGACACAUCUCAAAGAAACGGUGGCUGGUGUGGUGGGCCUUCGAGCCGUGGAGCGUUCUGUGUGGAACACGCGCUUUUCUGACGUGUACGCGCUGUGCGUGGCGCACCCCGAGCCCCUCGCCGACAGACUCUAUGACGAAACUAAGAGUUUCCUGGAGGAGCAUGUGGCGGGUCUCCUGGCGCGUGUGCGAGGUAGCUCCUCCUUGGAGAAUAACGAUCACAACGAUGGACUGCUCACCAGAUAUGUGACAGCGUGGCGAGAGUACAGUCAGGGCGUGGCGUACCUCAAUAGCCUGUAUUCAUAUCUAAACCUUCAACACGUCAAACGACAAAAGGUAUCCGACGCCGAAAUUAUCUACGGGUCAGCGGCUACAGUCUCCUGUCCAGAGAACGAUGCGCGUCAGUUAGAGGUCGGUGAACUAGGUCUGGAGAUCUGGGAGCGUGUGCUGGUCCGGCCUCUAUCGACGGCGCUCACGGGGCGGAUAGUGAGCGCUCUUUGCUCCGCGAGGGACAGCACUCCAGACCCUGCACUCGCUACCACUCUUAAAGAGGCUAUACACAGCACCGUACAGGUGCGCGCGUUCCGGGUGCGGGCGCCGCUGCAGCUGUACCAGCAGCUGGUGCUGGAGCCGUACCUGGCGGCGGCGGGCGCGGCGCACGCGCGCAUGGCGGCGGCGCUGCUGGCGGCGGGCGACGUGGCGCACUACACGCGCCUGGCGCUGCAGCAGCUGGAGCGCGAGGUGUCGCUGGGCGCGCGCUUCCUGGACGCGUCCUCGGCCGAGCAGGUGCGCGCCUGCUACGAGCGCGCCGCCGUGGCCGCGCACCUGCCCGCGCUGCACGCCACCGUCGACAAGCUCAUGCGGGACGCGGCCACCGACGAGCGGGACGGACAAGAGCGGCGCGACGACCUGCGGCGCAUGUACGUGCUGCUGCGGCCGCUGGGCGGCGCGGCGCUGCGGCCGCUGGUGGACGCUGCGCACGCGCAGGCCGCCGCCGACGGACACGCGCUGCUCGCGCAGCCGCACAACAAGGACGAGGCUCACACACACUUCGUAAACGCGAUGCUGACACUACACGGGAAGUACAGCAAGUUGUUCGCUGACGUGUUCGGUGGAGCACAAGCUUUCAUCGGAGCUCUCGAUAAGGCGUGUAGUGCUGUUGUAAACUUCCGCGGUCCAACGGACAGCUGCGCCCGGGCCCCGGAGCUGUUGGCCAGAUACUGCGACUGUUUGCUCAGGAAGAGGGGGGGAGGUGGUGGUGGUUCAGGCGAGACGGACGUUGACGAGAAGCUGUCGGCUGCGAUAGUGGUGUUUAAAUAUGUAGACGACAAGGACGUGUUCCAGAAGUACUACGCGAGAGCUCUCGCCAGAAGACUCAUACACCAGCUGUCUGCCAGCAUGGAACAGGAAGAGGCGAUGAUAAAUCGUUUGAAGGCAGCGUGCGGCUACGAGUUCACGAACAAGCUGCACCGCAUGUUCACGGACGUGGCGGUCUCCGCCGACCUCAACGCCAAGUUCCAGCAGCACCUGCGCGACACCAACGCCUCCACCACGCCCGGCUUCUCCAUACAGGUGUUGCAAGCGGGUGCUUGGCCCCUGGGAGGUGCAAUGGCGCCCCUGGCUCCCCCCCAACAGCUGGAGCGGCCGGCGCGACUGUUCGAAGCUUUUUACCGUGCCUCCUUCAGCGGUCGUCGCCUCGCCUGGCUACACCACCUCUGCACUGGCGAGCUUCGAACCAGAUACACGCCUAGAGUGUGUCACCUGAGUGCGACGACACCACAAUGCGCGCUGUUGCUGAGCUUCGAGACAGUGGACCAGUGGUCCGCGAGAGACCUUAGGGACGCGUUACAACUCGGCGGCGACGCGUGGUGGCGCCACCUGCGGCCGCUGCUGGACGCGGCGCUGCUGCUGGCGGAGGGGGACGUGGGCGCGGGGGACGGGGGGGGAGAGCCCGCGCCCGACGCCACGCUGGCGCUCAACCUCGCCUUCAGCUGCAAGCGCACCAAGCUCAGGCUCACCUGCGCCAACGCGCCCAGCCACCAGGGCGCGGCGACAGCGGGAGCGGGGGCGGGGGCGAACGCGGGGGCGGGGGCGGACAGCGGGGAGAGCGCCACGCACUGCGACGACGACCGCAAGAUGUACCUCCAGGCUGCCAUCGUCAGGAUCAUGAAGCAGAGGAAGGUGCUCAGACAUACAGAAUUAAUUCAGGAAGUGGUGUCUCAAGCUCGCGGCUCGUUCGCGCCCUCUGUCGCCAUGAUUAAGAAAUGUAUCGAGGCGUUGAUAGACAAACAGUACCUGGAGCGAGCGCCCGCCGCCCUCGACACGUACAGCUACCUCGCGUAG